UUUUCCAAAGAUGGCAGCUUCCAUAAUUGUUUUGCUGAUGUUCAACCAAAAAUAAAUUAUAUUUCUAUUUCCUUACGCAUAUAUCUAAUAAUUGAACACAAAUGGAUUCUGAUGAAGAAGGGGAGGCUCAGUUCAUUGCCAAGCGUCAGAAGACAGUACAGUAUGGCAGCCUUGAACAGAAGGAGAGGCAUCGGCUGGCGGUGGGCGGGGGAGGGGAAGGGUCCCUGGCAGGGGAUGCUGUCAAGGCAGGAAUUGCCGCAGGAAACAUCAACAUCACUUCUGGGGCGACAAUGGACCUUGAGAAGGAGUAUGAACAAAGUCAGGCGGAACUUCUGGCAGAUUUUGAAAAGCGAAAAAAGGCCAAAAAGAUCCAAGUAUCAACUGAUGAUAGCGAAGUGAAGGCCCAUCUCAGAAAACUGGGAGAACCUAUUUGUCUGUUCGGUGAGGGUCCUGCUGACCGACGUGAGAGACUGAGGCAUGAGCUGGGUCUUAGAGGGGAGGAUAUUCUCAAAAAGCAACAGAAAGAGCAGGAAACUCUUCGAAAGAAAAAAGAUGAGGAAAAUGUGACAUGGUACCAUGAGGGUCCCACAUCGUUGAAGGAAGCCCGAUUGUGGAUUGCAGAGUACUCAAUACCCCGGGCUCAAUCACGCAUCGCCAAACAGAAGGAGGAGAAGAACUUUGCUGCGCAGAAGACUGUAAAGGCCCAGGACAUACAAAAAAGGCUUAGAGCUGUGAAUAAUGAGUCUAGUCAGAUUGGAGACACCCGGCCGCUGUCCUUUUGCCAGUUCAGCCCAAACAGCAAGAUGCUUGCUACAGCUUCAUGGUCAGGCCUCUGCAAGCUGUGGUCAAUACCUGACUGUUCGCCUAUCAGAACUCUCAGAGGUCACAACUGCAAUGUUGGUGCGAUUGUGUUCCACCCACAGGCAACAAUAUCCCUGGAGGACUCUGCCUGUUGUAUGGCCUCCUGUGGUCAGGAUGGCGCAGUCAAGCUGUGGAAUCUCGUCAGUGAUGAACCAGUAGCAGAUAUAGAGGGCCACGCCCCGUAUAGAGUGGCCAGAUUGGCGUACCACCCCUCAGGAAGGUUUCUAGCUACAUGCUGUUUUGACAACUCUUGGCGCUUGUGGGAUCUCGAGGCCCAGGAGGAGAUACUCCACCAGGAGGGUCACAGCAAGCCUGUAUAUGACAUCAGCUUCCAGUGUGAUGGGGCCCUCGCCGUCACUGGCGGCAUGGAUGGGUAUGGUCGAGUAUGGGACCUGAGGACUGGGCGGUGUGUGAUGUUCCUGGAGGGUCAUCUCAAGUCUGUCCUUGCAGUGGACUAUGCCCCUGAUGGAUACCACCUGGCUACAGGAAGUGAGGAUAAUACGGCCAAGAUCUGGGACGUGAGACAACGCAAGUGUAUAUACACAAUCCCCGCCCACAACAACCUCGUGUCCAAAAUAAAGUUCCAGCCCAACAAUGGCAGAUAUCUUGUGACAGCAUCCUACGAUUCCACUGCCAAGAUCUGGGCCCAUCCCAUUGGGGCCCCGAUAAAGACCCUGGCUGGCCAUGAGGGAAAGGUCACCGGUGUUGACAUCUCACCUGACCUCCAGCACAUUGCAACAGUUUCAUUUGACCGCACUUUCAAACUGUGGACGUCUGAGAACAAAGGAGGGCUUUGAUUGGUGGACAGAUCUGUUGCAAUGUUUGAUUGGUGAAUAAAAAUAGGCUUACAUUAAAGAAUGAAAACAAAUGGAAGCAAAAGAUGGCUGGAUUACAAGUUAGUGGUCUAAAGUCUACAGCAAGGGAGACAUUAUCUCAAAUGACAAGAGACAGAAUGACUUGAGGAAAGGGAUAGUUGGCUUAAAAUGAUGAACACUCUCUUAGUAUUGAAUAUUGAAUAAUGAUUCUAACAGUCUGUGUUGAGCAUUAACCUUGGGACCAAAGAGGUCUUUUGCUUGUUAACAGAUAAUAGGAAUUAGGAAGCUAGUGUCGACAAGUGUUCAUUUUUAUCUCAGUAGGCUGCAACGUUGAAAUCAACGUUGAAAUCGAUUUACUUUGGUAAGUUCACAAACAGUGUAUAAAUCAACUGUAAAGUUGUGCUAUGUACUCUCAAGUCUUGACUAGACUUUUUAACAUAUGUGAAGUUGUACAAUAGGAAGAUGGCCCUAAUUUAUUAACACAACAAGCUUGAGUAAAUCUUUCAUUAAGCCAAAUUUCUUUCUUAAUCUUGAUUUUACUAAAUAAAAAAUAGGCAAUUGUGAUUAUCAUCAAGAAAAUUUCCUUGUUAAGAAGGUAUACCAAAAUAGGAUCAAGUGAUCUUGGCUUAGUUCUGUUAUAAGGGACUUCAGGCCCCAAUUUCUUGAAAAUUCUUAAGCUUAACAGGCUUAAGUAGCUUACACUAUUAGCCAAAAUACAUACUUUAAUUGGAUUUUGAUAUAUGAAAAAUGGUUUAUUGUAAUUAUCAUACAGAUACUUCCUCUUAAAACCUCUUUAAGAAUUACAUAUUAUGCAAAUUAUUGAAAAACUAUAAUAGUGAGCUUAGCUUAAUACUGUUAUAAGAGACUCAAGAAGUUUCGAGAAACUGGGGCCAGAUGUUUAAAGAAAUUAAGGCCUUAGGAUUGUUUAUGUUGCGUGUGUUCAGCAACUUGUUCAUGCAUUUGAUUGUUUCAUAACAGUUUAUAGCAAUAUCAGUUGUAUUAUGUAUGGGAGUACUUACCAUGAAAAAUGAUUAUUUUGGAAAUAAAGUGUAAAUAUGCA